UUCAUCUAAAACUACGUCUGUCUUCAUUUGUAACGAAAAGCAAACAGAGGAACUGUUUUAUGGAAGGUGUACAAUUAUACCAGAAGCUUUAAUGGCUCAAAAGGAGCAGGACAUUUCCCUCUGAAGAGCGGGAUCAUCAUGUAUUUGGAGAACAAAAGCAACUUGGAGAUGGAGAUGUCCCAGACAUCUGCUCAAGGGCAUCAGGGCAGAAGCAGCCUGAGGUCACCAGAGGCUGUGGCAGGGAACUUUGGAGAGCUUCGCCUGCUGCAAGGCAUCUCGGAGAGGAGAGAUACCCAGAAGCUUCAGCAAUCUGCGGUCCUCCCCUCCGGACAGUGCGUCAUCCACACUGAGGGCUUCGUCCCAGUUCGACAGGAGGACGGUUUCAGGCACAACUUCAGCGCCGUUAACAUCCUCAGAGGAAAAACAAAUUCAGCCAAUCUUUCAGAGAGGUCGCCACUGCUGAGAUUCUCCCAAGACGACAGCAUAACCUACAUGACCCUACAUGACCCCAGCUUUGUUGGAGGGGAAGAGCCCUGGGACAAUGGCUCCCUGGAUGUGGAGAGACGGUACCGCCUGGGCAGCGAGGUCACCAGCCUGUCCCUGUCCCGCUCCAGCUCCUCGGACAAAUACGACCCCCUGGACAACCUCAGCCUCGGCUUCAGACUCACCAGCAGCAUGAAGUGCUGCUUCAGAAUCUCGAAAAUUGCCACAAUUUUUGCCAUUGUGGUUCUCUGCAGUCUGUUCUUCAGCAUGUAUCCGGAUCGAGAUAACCCCUGGAGGAUGCUGGCAGUCUCCCCGACAGAGAGCUUCUCGAUGAAUGUGACUGAUUUCCGAGACAACGCCUUGCUGAAGCUACAGGUCGCCGGGCCCUUCGCCGGAGGGGUGAUAGACCUCAUUAACCAGGAGUACAUCCUGAUCCAGGUGGAGCAGACUGAGCAGGUGGGGCAGCGGAGGAGGAGGACCCAGCAGGUGAUUCAUAACUGGACCAUUCCUCUGAACGCUGAGCGAAGUGACCAGAUUCAGUUAACGAAAACCUUUGAGAUGCUCAGCAGCGACCCCAUCACCAUCAGCGUCCAGGCCUUCCUCCAGGACGACGAGGUGGUGCCCAUGUCCAUGACGCGCCAGUCGCUCUACGUCAGUGUGGAGACCCAGGUGGCCAUCGCUGGCAUCAUCCUCGCCGGGGUCUACGUUCUCAUUAUCUUUGAGAUAGUGCAUCGCACUCUGGCUGCCAUGCUGGGAUCUCUGGCAGCAUUAGCUGCUCUGGCUAUCAUCGGCGACCGACCCAGCCUGGUGACUGUGGUUGAGUGGAUUGACUAUGAGACACUGGCUCUCCUGUUUGGCAUGAUGGUGCUGGUGGCCAUUUUUUCUGAGACUGGCUUCUUUGAUUACUGUGCAGUGAAGGCUUACCAGUUAUCCAGAGGAAGAGUUUGGCCCAUGAUCAUCAUCCUCUGCCUCAUCGCUGCCAUUUUAUCUGCCUUUCUGGACAACGUCACCACCAUGAUGCUGUUCACGCCGGUUACAAUAAGGUUGUGUGAGGUGCUUAAUCUGGACCCCAGACAUGUCCUGAUUGCAGAGGUAAUCUUCACCAACAUCGGAGGGGCCGCCACAGCUGUCGGAGAUCCACCCAACGUGAUUAUUGUGUCGAAUCAAGCCCUGCGCAAAGAAGGGAUUGAUUUUGCCAGUUUCACAGGCUACAUGUUUCUGGGAAUAUGCCUCGUCCUCUUCACCUCGUUCCCCUUCCUUCGGAUGCUUUACUGGAACAAAAAACUUUACAACAAAGAGUCCAUAGAAAUAGUUGAGCUAAAGCACGAGAUCUUGGUCUGGAGGCAAACGGCUCAACGCAUCAACCCAGCAAGUCGAGAAGAGACGGCCGUCAAAUGCCUGCUGAUGCAAAAAGUCCUCAACCUGGAAAGUCUGCUCCGCAAGAUGAUGAAAACCUUCCAGAGACAAAUAUCCCAGGAAGACAAGAACUGGGAGCAAAAUAUUCAAGAAUUGCAAAAGAAGCACAGAAUAUCGGACAAGGUGCUGUUGGUGAAGUGUGUGUCCGUACUGGGCAUCGUGAUCUUCAUGUUCUUCCUCAACUCCUUCGUUCCCAGCAUUCAUCUUGAACUCGGGUGGAUUGCUAUCCUCGGUGCUCUGUGGCUUCUGGUUUUGGCUGACAUCCAGGAUUUUGAGAUCAUCCUGCACAGAGUGGAAUGGGCCACGCUGCUGUUCUUCGCCGGCCUCUUCGUUCUGAUGGAGGCUUUAGCCCAGCUGCAGCUUAUCGACUACAUUGGAGAACAGACAGCCGAGCUCAUAAAAGCAGUGCCAGAAGACCAGCGCCUGGCCAUAGCCAUCAUCCUGGUGAUGUGGGUCUCCGCUCUGGCGUCUUCGCUCAUUGACAACAUCCCCUUCACUGCCACCAUGAUCCCAGUUCUCAUCAACCUGAGUCAGGACGCUGAUGUGAACCUGCCAGUGAAACCUCUCAUCUUUGCUCUGGCCAUGGGAGCCUGUCUCGGCGGAAAUGGCACACUAAUAGGAGCGUCCGCCAAUGUGGUUUGUGCUGGAAUCGCCGAGCAACAUGGAUACGGAUUUUCCUUCAUGGAGUUCUUCAAGCUGGGAUUCCCUAUGAUGAUAAUGACAUGCAUGAUCGGGAUGUGCUACCUGCUGGCCACACACAUCGGACUUGGAUGGAACAUGUAACCCACACCUGCUGUACACUACCAAAGAGACUGUGUGUGUGUGCGUGCAUGUGUGUGUGUAUGAGCAUGUGUGUUUGUGUGUGUGUGUGUCAAAGUCAUCCAGGAGUUCAAGCUCAGCGUGACGUGAAGUGUGACCUCAGAAAACAGGCACUACAUGAAGUAGCCAUAUUUUUUGCAAGACUUGGAAAUGUGUGUUUUUGAGGAAAGCGCAGACCAUCAGGGACCACAUUUAUUGGCGCUUUGACCAAAAUGGUUAAUCCAGCAAAUAUUUCUUCACUGAGAAUUAUAUAUAUGUCUCCACUCCAUAAUGUGUGCGGUGCUACUGCCUCAGUGAACACAAUAACUGGUGGGAUUUCAGCUACUGUUCAUUCUUUUGGGUUUCCAUGCGCUCUGUUUACAGAAAAUUGUUUCCCUGAGCAUGUUUAUGACACUUUUAGAUGCACUUAGAAGACCAAUCAAUACUUGUUAAAGAUUGACAUUUCACCCACGGUUUACCAAACUUAUGUUGGUAUUAUAUAGAAACCACGAGACCCAGUGAAAGGGAUUUUAUAACAGUUUAUUUCUAAUAUUUCUUUAUUGUACUCCCAAACCAGUGAUCAGUGAAUCUGCUGUUGCUGAAGAACAGAUUAUAGAAAAUAAAAACACCUGCUGUAAAAGUGCUAUCUACUGUACGAUGUACAUGGCCAUCUCAUGUAAAGUCACAGAUCUACUUCAGAUAAUCGUGUGUGCUGUAAGGAUAGCAGUCAUGGAAAAGGAUGGACGUCUUCUCACUGUGUCCGGAGAAACUGUUC